GAUUAAGUGCUAGAGAAAAAAGCUGCAUAUGCUUCCACCUAGCAGGCAGAGAGUGUGGGUCUGUGAAGAAGGUGUGACCAAAACCAAUCCUACAAAAUGCCCAAAGGAGAUCGCCAAACAGAUGGCAUCUUCAGCAGAGGAAAGCAAUAUACUUAUCUUGCAGCAGAAGAAGCUGCAGGUAUUGGAAUCCUUGUUGUGGUUCUUGCAGUUUUACUGAUCCUUGGCUGCUGGUAUUACAAAAGACGAUGUGGCUAUAAAAGCCUUCGGAGUAAAAGCUCACAUGCUGGCACUAUGAGAAGAGUGGCAGGUGAAGAUGCCCCACUGGAUUGCAAAGCACUUUUACAGGAGUAUAACAACUUUAAUUCUGUGGUACCUGAUGCUCCACCAGCAUAUGACAAAAUCUCUGCAGACCCAUUGCCACCACCUUAUUCGCCAUGAUGUUGAGUCAGUCUUAAACUCCAGGAAUAUAAAUUGAUUCUCUUUGUGCUUUUGCUUAAACUCAUGUGCAAACCUAGCAUUCUUUAUGGGUAAACUGUAAUAAUAAAGUACACAUUUCCAUGAA